UUUAGAUUAAAUAGCACAGCCUGAUAAAGCUGAUACUCAAAACAUAUCUUCUAAUAUUUUAAUCCCAUAAUUGGUGAAAUGGCUAAAUCUGGUAAAAUACGAGAAAUCGAUUCUGCCGAUUCCUCAGAUGAAUCUACAGAAUUUUCAGAUGCAAACGAUCAAAUUUCAGUUCGAAAUGCAUUACAAGUAUCGAGGCCUUCGAUGCCUGGGACGGUACAAGAAUUUGGUAAAAAUAUUUUCCAAAGUCUCGUAAAACAUUCAGAAAAACAUGGAACUGUGGUAGCUCCAACAUUCGUUUUCAAUCAAAAUAUUAAGGAAGGGGACAAUAUAGAAACCAGUAUUGCUGGAAGUUCUGGUUUUACGCUUGAUCGAAGCAGCAAUACAUAUGAAAAAACCUCAACAACCAAGCAAAAGGCAGCAAAGUCUAAUGAUGCAGUAGAAAAUGAAACAAAAGGAGAAAUACCAUUCCAUUUUGAAGAUUCAAUUCGCGUCGAUCAUAACCUGUUGCUGCUUUAUAAUGAAAGACUAGCAAAGUAUGGUGAAGUUUACAGAGGCUUGCAGACUCAUAAAGGUUCUCGAGGAUUCGAUCCAAUCGCCAUAAAAUCUAUCAAACUCAGCGAUGAAAAUAGGAAAGAAGUGGAAAUCAUCCGAAAGCUUCGUUCCCACCCAAAUGUGAUAACUGUCCUCCAAUCUGGGACUUAUUUCUUUGGUCCAAUAGAACAUUUAUUCAUCGCAAUGGAAUACUUUAAAUCUAAAACCUUGACAGACUUUGUCAAAGACGAUCCAAAGCCUAAGACUGACGAAGUCAAACAUAAACAAAUAGAACAAUUUGUUGAAGCUGUCGAUCAUAUCCACAUUAACGAAGUUCUACAUCGCGAUCUUAAACCAGAUAAUAUCUUGGUAUCGGACAAUGGGAGAAUUCUCAAAAUAAUUGACUUUGGUUUGGGAAAACAGUUAAGAAAAGGACAUUUUGUAACCAAAAUGAGCACUUUACGUGUUGGCACUGAUGGUUGGAGGGCCCCGGAAAUAUACCUUUCUGAUAUUUGUUCUAAACAAUCGGACAUAUUUUCUUCCGCACUCGUAAUCCAUUUCAUUUCGACCGAUGGUUCCCACCCAUUCGGUAAUGACCCUGAUAGUUGGAAUCUCAAUAUCAAACGAUAUCAAGGAUGGGACCUGAGCAAACUAGAAGGGGAUCUGGAGGAUUUGGUUGGUUGGAUGCUCAGAUUCCGACCACAGAAUCGUCCAAAUACCGAACAAAUUCGAAAACAUAAAUACUUUCAUGGUCAACUUGUUUGCCCUCAUCCCAAACUGAGUUCUGUAGUACGAAGCGCUCCAGAGAAGGAAGUUGUAAAAGUCAAAGAAGAGUUUGAAGAAAGAAUGAAGCAGAUGGAAUUAAAAAAUGAACAAGAAAAGACGAGAAUGUUAAAAGAGAUGGAAAAUCUUAUAAAGAAAACGAAGGAAGAAGAAAUUGUUAAAGUCAGGAGAGAGUCAGAAAGAAUGCGAAAAGAGCAUGAAGAGGAAAUGAGGCGGGUGCAAAAAGAAAAGAGGAAAAUGGAAAUUGAGAACGAAAAGCUUAGAGCUGAAAAGAAAGAUUUUGCUCAGUCUUCCAAUAUCUCUGCAACAAACCAGCUUGCUGUUUCGACUAGUGCAAACAAGUCCAUUUUUCACAAGACUGCGAAAGGCAGGUGUCAAGCAUACCUUUGAGGAUCAUAUCUAAAACACAAAAGAGUGAAAAUACAACUAGACACAGUAAAUGUAAAUCUGAAUAUGAAUUUGUGUAUUAUCAUACCUUGGCUAUUAAACUUCUAUAUCACAGGCAUUUCCUGUGACUUUAUGAAUACCAAACAGUAUUUCUGCUAUACGUUUUGAUUUUAUCAAUCCAAGUGCAGAAUCUCAGUCUUCAAGUUAAAAAUCAAAGCUUUAAAUCGGGUUGGGCAAUUACUUUCCUGGGCCGGAGUGGGCCAGUUCUAGAUAAUAGACUUGCUUACUGGGCCGGAGGCUCAAUAUAAAACUAUAAAUAAAAACAGUUUAUUGCUGUUCGAUAAUAAAAAAGUGAAUCCGCAACCACAAUUUAUGGAUUGAAAAGUGACAAUGUAAAAUAUUAAAAAAUAAAACAGAAACACCAUAGGUUUUGUUUUAGGAAGAGGGAAACACCAUAGGUUUUGUUUUAGGAGGCACGCAACAGAUUAAAAAUGCUGUUAAGACUGUGAUAAAAGGAAAAUUGACGGCACACAUUAUGUUGGGUUGCCUUUGAAAAUCAGGAAAUAUGAAUUUCCCAGAAACAUGAAGACCCUGGAAUUUUCCCAACGAUGAUAUUUUAAAAAUAAUCAUAAGUGACAAAUUCCAAGAUCGCAAAGAUCUGAAUCCAAUUUAUUUAUAAACCGGUCAAUAGUUUAUCGCGUAUUUCAUGUCCGUAGAUUACCGUAGUAUUUUAGAGUAGUAGUGCUUUUAUUUUACCUUAGUC